ACAGGAUGCGGCCUGGGUAAGGUCAUUCCCACCAGAGCCCCAGAGACGCCAAGAUCUCAAGGGCACUGGGGUACAUAAAGAGACGUGGCACGAGUGAUUUUUAAAAACAUAAAUAUUUUGAAGAGGGAAAAAUGAGGGUCCCUGUAUUUGAGGAUAUACAAGAUGAAACCACAGAGGGAAACAUGGAGGAAGGAGAGAAUGAAGAAGACCAGCAGGUAUUCCCGAAGCCUGUUAUUGAAGACCUAAGCAUGGAGCUGGCCAGAAAAUGCACGGCGCUCAUUAGUGAUAUCCACUAUAAAGAAGAGUACAAAAAAUCUAAGGACAAAUGUACUUUUGUGACUGACACGCCUAUGCUAAACCAUGUAAAAAAUAUUGGUGCUUUUAUUUCAGAGGCAAAAUACAAAGGCACCAGUAAGGCCAACCUUUCCAACUCUCUUUAUAAGCGGAUGCCAGCCACAAUUGACAGCGUUUUUGCAAGAGAGGUUACUCAGCUUCAGAGUGAGGUUGCCUACAAGCAGAAACAUGAUGCUGCCAAAGGAUUCUCAGACUAUGCCCAUAUGAUGGAGCCACCGGAGGUCAAGCAUGCCAUGGAGGUCAAUAAAUACCAGAGUAAUAUUUCUUAUAGAAAAGAUGCACAGGAUACCCAUAUGUAUACUGCAGAGCUCGACAGACCAGAUAUCAGGAUGGCAACUCAGAUCUCCAAGAUCAUCAGCAACGCAGAAUACAAGAAAGGGCAAGGAAUAAUGCAUAAAGAGCCUGCUGUGAUUGGAAGACCUGAUUUUGAACAUGCUGUGGAAGCUUCUAAACUUUCUAGUCAAAUUAAAUACAGAGAAAAAUUUGAUAAUGAAAUGAAGGAUAAGAAGCAUCAUUACAAUCCUCUUGAAAGUGCUUCUUUUAGACAAAAUCAACUUGCUGCUACCCUGGCGAGUAAUGUGAAGUACAAGAAAGACGUUCAAACUAUGCACGAUCCAGUUGCAGAUCUCCCAAAUUUGUUGUUUUUAGACCAUGCUUUGAAAGCCAGCAAAAUGCUCAGUGGACGAGAAUAUAAGAAGCUCUUUGAGGAAAACAAAGGGAUGUAUCAUUUUGAUGCAGACGCUGCAGAACACCUGCACCAUAAAGGCAAUGCCACCCUCCAGAGCCAGGUUAAAUACAAAGAAGACUAUGAGAAGAAUAAGGGGAAGUCAUUACUUGAAUUUGUUGAGACUCCAUCUUAUCAAGCUUCCAAGGAGGCUCAGAAGAUGCAAAGUGAGAAAGUUUACAGAGAAGAUUUUGAGAAAGAGAUUAAAGGAAGGUCAUCGCUGGAUUUAGACAAGACUCCAGAAUUUUUACAUGUAAAGUACAUCACCAAUCUCCUGAGAGAGAAAGAAUAUAAGAAAGAUUUAGAAAAUGAAAUAAAAGGAAAAGGGAUGGAACUUAAUUCAGAAGUUCUUGAUAUUCAAAGAGUAAAACGAGCGUCUGAAAUGGCUAGUGAGAAAGACUAUAAAAAGGAUUUGGAGACUGAAAUCAAAGGGAAAGGAAUGCAAGUGAGCAUAGACACUCUUGAUGUCCAGAGAGCAAAGAAAGCAUCUGAGAUGGCCAGCCAGAAACAAUAUAAGAAAGACUUAGAAAAUGAAAUUAAAGGGAAAGGAAUGCAAGUGAGUGUGGAUAUUCCAGAUAUGCUCCGAGCCAAGAGGGCAUCUGAAAUCUAUAGUCAGAAAAAGUAUAAAGAUGAAGCAGAGAAGAUGCUUCCUAACUAUUCGACUGUGGCAGAUACUCCUGAAAUUCAGAGAAUUAAGAUGACUCAGCAAAACAUUAGUGCGGUAUUUUAUAAGAAAGAAGUGGGGGCUGGUACAGCAGUAAAAGAUACCCCAGAGAUGGAACGAGUGAAGAAAAAUCAGCAGAACAUUAGUUCAGUGAAAUACAAAGAAGAGAUUAAACAGGCAACCGCCAUUUCUGAUCCUCCAGAGCUAAAGAGAGUUAAAGAAAACCAGAAGAACAUUAGCAAUCUCCAGUACAAAGAGCAGAACUAUAAGGCCACUCCGGUGAGCGUGACCCCCGAGAUAGAGAGGGUGAAGAGGAACCAGGAGCAGCUGAGUGUGGUUAAAUACAAAGGCGAGAUGAAGCAUGCCACCACAAUUUCUGACCCACCAGAGCUGAAGAGAGUGAAAGAAAACCAGAAGAACCUCAGCAAUGUUUAUUACAAAGGCCAGCUGGGAAGAGCUACUGCUUUAAGUGUAACUCCUGAAAUGGAAAGAGUAAAGAAGAAUCAAGAAAAUAUUAGCUCGAUAAAAUAUACACAGGAUCAAAAGCAGAUGAAAGGCAGACCAAGUCUGAUUUUAGAUACCCCUGGUCUGAGACAUGUUAAAGAAGCACAAAAUCAUAUUUCAAUGGUAAAAUAUCAUGAAGAUUUUGAGAAGACAAAGGGGAGAGGCUUCACACCUGUCGUGGAUGACCCCGUGACAGAGCGGGUGAGGAAGAACACCCAGGUGGUCAGCGACGCUGCCUACAAAGGGGUCCACCCUCACAUUGUGGAGAUGGACAGGAGACCUGGAAUCAUUGUGGACCUCAAAGUAUGGCGCACAGAUCCAGGCUCCAUCUUCGACCUUGAUCCCCUGGAAGACAAUAUUCAGUCUCGAAGUCUCCACCUGCUCUCUGAAAAGGCGAGUCACUAUAGGAGACACCGAUCUCGAUCUCAGUCCAGCAGUACUUUUGGUACAGGUGUGGGGGACGACAAGUCAGAACUCUCGGAAAUGUACCCUAGCCUUUCAUGCUGCAGUGAGGUAACGAGACCGUCUGAUGAAGGAGCCCCUGUUCUUCCUGGAGCCUACCAGCAAGGCCACUCCCAAGGCUAUGGGUACAUGCACCAGACCAGUGCUUCGUCCAUGAGGUCAAUGCAGCACUCACCAAACCUAAGGACCUACCGGGCCAUGUAUGAUUACAGUGCUCAGGAUGAAGACGAGGUCUCCUUCAGAGAUGGCGACUACAUCGUCAACGUACAACCCAUCGACGAUGGCUGGAUGUACGGCACGGUGCAGAGAACUGGGAGAACGGGCAUGCUCCCAGCCAAUUACAUUGAGUUUGUUAAUUAAUUAUUCCUCCUUGCCCUUUGAGCUUUAUUCUAAUGUACUCCAAACUUAAUCUUUUUAAAAGAUAGAGAAGAUACUUUUAAGACAACUUGGCAGUUAUUUUACAAUAAUGUAUCCUUACUUUGACAGUUAGACACACAGGUACCAGGACAAAGGAAUGACUUCUGGGCUGACCAUGGCAGCAUUUUCAGUAUGCCUGUAAACAAAACCAUCAUGUCUGAGACCUGGUGCUGCUAAUUGUGUCUGUGGUUUCCUUUGAGUGGCUGUUGAACCCUUCUGGGAAAUGUAUUUUUGUAGACUUUAAUAGAGAUGUUGAUUGUCCCUUCAAUGUAAUGAGUAAAUGAAACUUCUUAGCUGUCACUUUGGAAUCACCAGAAGCCAAUUCUGUAACUCAGUUAUGCAGUCAAUAAUUUCAAAACUAUUAGCUUUUGAGUCAUUAGGCAAGUUCCAAUUCGAGUGAAAAUUGCCUAAUAUAAUACAUGUAAGCAGAAGCAGAUCGACAGUCUGGUUGAAGUUAUAGUGAGUGGUGGUCUUAGGGACUUAGAAACUUCUACCAAACAGAGAAAUUUCCUUGCUUCCUAGGCCCACUGGGGUCUAUUUAUUUCUCAUUUGUACCAAGGCAUGUCCUACUCUCCACUUACAUUCUCUGGACCCAAGUAUCCACUUGGGUCCACAGAAUGUCAGGACCAAAUAAUAUCACAGCUACUCUGCAAAGGAUGAAUUUGAAUGUCAUCUAUCUUAUUUCCCUAGUAGCCUUUACCCUGUUGCAUGUCACGUAGGUUCAAACUUCUGUAACAUAGACAGCUGCUCUGCCCAUUCCUCUUAUUCAAGCAAAAAGUGUGGCUGAUGCCUCAAAGCCCUUUCCUCUAGCCGCCAGCUCAUCAGAAAAACAUAUUCUGAAAAGUUGCUUGAGAUUUUCCUGCUGCAUUGCACUCUAGUUUUGAAGGAUUUAUACCUUAGGAAAUACAUGUCUACUCUAGUAAAUAAGUGUUUAUUGAACAGCUUUCAUUACCUUAAUGCCACUGUUGAUAUAAAAGUGAAAAAAAGGUAACAGAAGCCAAUGACAAAGUCAGUGGAAAAAUGGAAUUUGGAGUGUGCUGGGGGGUGGGAUGGAGGGGAAGUCAGAAAAGAAAAAGUUACCAACUCCCCAUUGAGAUGGCCUGAUUUCAUAGAGAUGAAAAUGAUGCUCAGAUUCUGGAAUGGAACUCUAGCCACUAAAACUGGUUCAUCAAAAGACUUCCUUUCCACUUUCUGGUUUUAUUUUCUGAAUCAUCUUCAUGGGCUGAGAUAAGAGAGUUAUCAGGGAUUUUUCAGUGCAGGACCAGCAAGCUGUUCACUAAGAAAGAAAUCAUCAUGUUUUGAUUUUCAAAUGAAUGACUUUGCAGGAUUCCCAGCCAUGAGUUGUAGCCUUUGCUAGCGGGUUCUGACUUUUCAAGGUCACCUAGAGGUUCAGGUCCAUGAGCAGCUGUGCUUUUCUGAGUGUGUCCUUUCUUGUGACCUGCAACAGGGUAGCAUGCAUGUCAAGUCUAAUGCUGUAAUUGUGAUGACAUUGAAACAAAGUCACAAAAAUGUGAUAAACUGUAUGGAUCUUGGGGAUAUCUCCCAUAUAUAACAUGUUCAAGGGAAUUAACAACACAUCCCCAAAACAUCUUUUAUUGAAAUAAUUACAGUCCAAAGACCAAAGCUGCUUCUAUACCUUUAAAAAAUAAGCACAUUCUUUUGAAAAUCUCGUCUUAUUUUAUUAGGUGAAAAGAACUUUAUUAUACUAAAACUGCAUCUAUAUGGCACUGACUUAAAAUCAAAAAGAGAAACAGAUAACUAGAGAUUUUUGGGAAGAGGUUUUACAAAUGAACAAAUGCCCAGCUUGAUUGAUUUUUUUUUUCUCAUAGAAAUGACCAGUCAUGAUUCAAUUGACUAAACCCCAUAUCUGUUUUGAUGUCUUGUGCACAAUCCUACAAUAACUGAACUUGGAAUAUUUUUGCAAAAAUAUCUGUGCAUUACAGCUAUUUAAGCCUGCUUGAUUUCAUGUAUUUAUGUUUUUCCCAGCCAGACCAUGGUUUUGUGAUUAUAAAAAAGAGUAGUUGUUGAUUAAAUUUUCAGACGAAAUGUAGGACAGGUACAAUGUUUUUUAUAAAGAGCACAUUCUUAAGUAGCUCAAAGGACACGGAUUGUGAUCUGGAAAAGUUAUCAGAAAGUGGCAGCUUGAUAUUUCAUGUUUUCUCAUCUACUGAUUUCAAAAUCAGAUUCACUGAAUGUACAAGUCAGUACAUUUUUGGGUAAUCAGUCUUCUAAAAUUUUCAUCUUCACAUAGUGUUUGCAUAGCGAGAUGUUUCUGCUUUGAGUCUCUAGGAGUUAAGAUCUGAUCAGAAUUGAGUCAGAGGGCACUUAUUGUACAAUAAAUUUGAGGCAGAAGACAUUGCAUGCUCUCAAAGUUAUAAUUCGAUAGUGUUUGCGUUGUCACUAAAGCUUGUCAGGAGAGUUAUCAUCUCAGCAGAAAUAUAGGAAUCUUGUAUGUAAAAUACCAAAGUGCUAUUUUUACAGCAUCAUUUUAAAAAACUACAUUCUUGAACAACUUUUCCACUUUCCCUUUGCGUCCUCCCCACCUUCAAUCUGGUGUCAGGUAUCUCAGACCUAGGUACCUCUGACAGCUAAAGAAACGUUAAAAAUAAAGCCUUUAAAAAUCAAGUUUGAGAGGACUGUUGUGAAUGUCCAAGCACAGAGAGCAUGCAUGCACUUGCUUUCCUAAAUCUGAUGUAUUCUCAAGCCCAACCAAAGCACAAGGAGCAGUUUGAUACACUUUUAAAUGGUUCUGAAAACAAAACUAUAAGUGGAUCAGAUCUCUCUUGAGUGAAGUAUAGCAACAGAAUAUAUUACUUUUGUUGUAAGUUUUUGUAGUAAAUGUUUUAACCAAUCCUUGUUCUCUCGAAAGCUUUCUCUUUCUAACCCAUGGCAAAAUGAAUUCUUCAUGUCUUCUUGUUAUUGUGUACACCACCACAGUAUAGCCCAGUUUGAAAUAUUUAUCUGGUUGUUUGAUCCUCAGGGAGGCCUUGCAUCUUAGCAGGCCUUCCUGACCUCCAGACCACACAGGGAUUUGCAAGCACAAUUUUCCAGAGCACUGUGUAUGACCAUGGAUGAGGUUAGGGCCAGCUCCUCUCUUGCCACGAGGUACUAGCUUGAGGACGAUGAAGAUGAGGUUGUGUCUUUUUUUUUUUUUCAUCUUUUUUUCCUAAUCCUCUCUGUGUUGAGCUUUGCAACAUUAGAAAUUAGGAAGAAGAAUUUUCUUAAAAAGGUAAUAGAAGUUCAAGAGAUGCACCUCAUUUUCAGGUUAUCCAUCUCUACUGGAAUGUUUCUAAGGAAAAUAAAAUGUGUGUAAUCUUCAAAAACACAUCCCUACAGAAUGUGGAUACAGUUUAUACCCAGAUGAUAAUACAGAUACAUACAAGAUAGGUGCCUUUUGAUUAUCCUUGUUUAUCUAUUAUGGUCUUGGGAAAAAAACCAAGCUAGCAAGCUUCUGCCUAUUCUAUAGUAAUAUUUUAUUAUACAUGAUUGCUAUUUUUGUGGUGGGAAAGCCCAUUCCUGACAGAUAUUAGUGGUAGUAGUUGAUUUUAUUUUACCUUUAAAGAAUUAGAAUUGGAGAAAAUGUUGACUUCUAUCAAUUUCCGAAAGGUUUUUUGUGGAUUUAUAUAGAGCUGAGUUGUAUAAACAUUAACUUUAGGUUUGGGAUUUAAAAUACUUAUUGUAAGAUAGAAUACUUAUUAGCCCAAAUUCACUACACAAAUUGAACUUUACUUCAUAAAUUAAUUAUACCUUUGCUAAUUGCUUUUGAUCAUCUAAAAGUGGCUAGACUGUGGUGGUUUUGCAUAAUGUGACAUGGAGGUGAGAAAGCUUUAGUGAAGUAAGAAGCUAUCUAAACUGAUUCAAGGAUGCUGAAAUGAAAGUCUCUUUCUGAAGUAUCCCAUGCCCUUUACGUUCUUUUCUAAGAAAUUAACUGUCAACUCUUGAUGGAAAAAGUCAAGACAUGGAAUGACGCUGCUUUGGCCCUCAUUCCAUGAUGCUUUUAGACUGCGGGAAUCCACAGGCUGGAGGGAUCUGUGGCCAAUUUCCUUCCCCAUUGUGCAUAUCACUUCAGUAUAUUCAUGGCAAUCCCGUGUGCUUUUUGUGUUUGAUGUAUGGUAUUCAGUUUGCAUAGUUAUUUCUUUGUAAUCAAGUUGCUGUUAAGAGUGACUUUCUUAAAAGGAAAGGAAAAACUGCACCACAGUCCCAUUCUUCAGGGUGUACACUGAACUGCUGAGCAUGGAGGAAGCAGCACCAAGUGUGUUACUUGCAUGAUGUGGACUGUCGGUCACUUGACCUGGGAUAAAGUGAGGAAAGGAACCAUGGUGCAGUUUGGCUUUCUUUGCUUUGAAAGAUGUAGAAUUGUUGAUUAAUUUGCAAGACUACUAACUUUGAGAGCGUAAUAGUUUUUGAAGGACACAUUUAAUGGUUUUUUUUUUUUUCAAAUGAAGGGGCUUACAAAAUGACACAAUGUUAUUAAUAUAAUUUGGCUUUUGUUAUGCAAAUUGUUAACACCAGCUAUUAAAAUAUAUUUUAGUAGAAAUGCUUUAAUUCAUGUUUUUUUCCUCUACACUGUGAAUCUUUAAGCCUUGGUGGACUAGAGCAACAUCAUGCUGUCCAAAGGACUAACCUAUGCAAACUAGUUCACAUUUUAGUGGAUGUCACAGUAAAUGUGUAAUAAGACCUUAUUUCCCCCUACAUAAUGUACUGCGGCCCUGAAAUAACACAUUAAGCCUAGCAUCACAUGCAUACAGUAUGGUCACUCAAACCCUUCAAGGCUACCAUAAUCAUUAGCAUUAUACUCGUGUAAAAGCAAAUCACUGAUUUCUCUAUUGAAAUUACUUGAACGAUGUCAGAACAAGAGUGACAGAUGGGCACGUUGGCCAUGGCUUUAAUGUGGUCCCUAGAAAUGGUCUCCUAUGAUGGAACUGUGUUCUCAGAUGCACUCUCUUCAGGGUCUUAAGAUUCUGUGUCUUCUUUCUGUAUUUGUAAAACAUUAUAACGCAGUAAUUUCCUAUCUCUACACACUUGGUUUGCUUAAAUAAAUGCAGGAUAUAAAAAAAUGGUUCGAUUUCUUGGCUCUCACCGUGGUUUUUUGGAGCGUGGAUCAUUAGACACAGGCCGUGCACUCUGAGAAUACUCUGAGUAGUAAGUUCAUCAUGACAACUCACAUCAGAUCAUGUCAAAGGUAGGUGUUGACCUCAGUGUGUUUACACGGGUGAAUCAUUCCAAAUGUGUCUUCCUCCCCCAAAUAAACUUAGUUUUAAGUGA